UUUUCUCUCUGAAGCAAAAAAACUUGAAGUUCUCAGAGAUGAAUGCUGUGAAAGCUUACUUCAACAGGAAUUGGACAAGAGAAGACCUGAUGAAUACUGGAGAAAUUUCCGAGUACGCUUACACAAGCUUAACGACGGUGUAUCUUACUCUCUUCUGUGCCAUGUUGAGCUUUACUUUUGGAUCCUUCUUGCAAUUGAUCAUCUGGGAAGUGGGAGGGCUGUUCACAGUCCUUUCUUCUGUAGCAAGUUUACUUUGCAUCACCAUUGAGAGUGAGGCUGAGGGUCUCACUAUUGAUGUAUGCAGCCUGUACCUUGGGUGCUUCUUUUGGCCUUUUUACCAAAUAUCUCUUCGAAAUUUAUCCACCCCUUAUUGUCAACCUUUUGGAAGGUUCAACAUUUAGCAUUGGGAUUAUCUGGUAUGGAUCCACGUAUACGAGGGAAAGGAGAGCAAUCUACAUGACUUGCCUGAAUUUUUCUUUUGCUCUAAUGUGCUCCAGCAUUUUUGUCUAUGGUAUAGAUAUGCUUGACAUCCAUACAGUUCAUUGGGUGUUUAAGGUAAACACUGUGCAAGCAUUGUUCAUGGGGUACUUUGUGAUAUAUAGCCAAGAUUUACUGUAUAAUGCUGGCAUAGGAGAAAUUAACUUUGUCAAUCGCACACUCGCCGUCUUCUUCCAUUUACCGGGUAUAGUGGUCCAUGCUGCAAGAGUUUACCUGACUGCAGAAAAUGAGCAACACAGAGAGAAUUAAUACUGAUACACUUGGAACUGUAGAAUAAAUAGAGUAGAUUGUAAAUGAUGAAAAGUCCUACCUGAGUGUGUUGGUAUCUUUAA